AUGGCAACUCUUAAGGAAAAACUGAUUGCACCAGUUGCAGAAGAAGAGGAAACCGUCCCAAACAAUAGGAUCACUGUAGUGGGUGUUGGACAAGUUGGUAUGGCGUGUGCCAUCAGCAUUCUGGGAAAGUCUCUGGAUGAUGAACUUGCCCUGGAUGUUUUAGAAGAUAAACUCAAAGGAGAAAUGAUGGAUCUGCAACAUGGGAGCUUAUUUCUUCAGAUACCUAAAAUUGUGGCAGAUAAAGAUUACUCUGUGACUGCCAAUUCUAAGAUUGUGGUGGUGACUGCGGGAGUCCGCCAGCAGGAAGGAGAGAGCCGGCUCAAUCUGGUGCAGAGGAAUGUUAAUGUCUUCAAAUUCAUUAUUCCGCAGAUAGUCAAGUACAGUCCUGAUUGUAUCAUAAUUGUGGUUUCCAACCCAGUGGAUAUUCUCACAUAUGUUACCUGGAAACUAAGUGGACUACCCAAGCACCGUGUAAUUGGAAGUGGGUGUAAUCUGGAUUCUGCUAGAUUUCUCUAUUUUAUGGCUGAAAAACUUGACAUUCAUCCCAGCAGCUGCCAUGGAUGGAUUUUGGGAGAACAUGGUGAUUCAACUGUGGCUGUGUGGAGUGGAGUGAAUGUGGCAGGUGUUUCUCUUCAGGAACUGAAUCCAGAAAUGGGAACAGACAACUACAGUGAAAAUUGGAAGGAAGUGCCUAAGAUGGUGGUGGAAAGUGCCUAUAAAGUCAUCAAGCUAAAAGGAUAUACCAACUGGACUAUUGGAUUAAGUGUGGCUGAUCUCAUUGAAUCCAUGUUGAAAAAUCCAUCCAGGAUUCAUCCAGUGUCAACAAUGGUGACGGGGAUGUAUGGCAUUGAGAACGAAGUCUUCCUGAGCCUUCCAUGUAUCCUGAAAGCUCAGGGCUUAACCAGUGUGAUCAACCAGAAGCUGAAGGAUGAUGAGGUUGCCCAGCUCAAGAAAAGUGCAGAUACCUUGUGGGACAUCCAGAAAGACCUAAAAGAUCUGUGAC